UAGACAUGACGGCCAUUGCCGGAACAGGGAAAUUGAUACUUUCAUGUGUAUUUGAAGUAAUCCUUCUCUACAAGAGUACAUACACAUUUGUAAUCAUUUGCAACUCCUUCUGGUGGGGAGACUGAUGUGCCCCAACUCACCGGAGAGGACGGGAUCGGGUGUCUUUCGAACGUAUUAUCCAGUGAUCGCUAUGUGAGCAACGGCCCACCCUAUCGGGGUACGAGGGCACGCAAUCAACCACGUCACCGAUCCUGACCACCCGGUCCAGCCGAUUCUCGGAAUCCCCAUGCGAUUGUCUACACUAAGCUAAGCGCCGUGUAGCUAGUUUCCCACGAUGAUGACUGUACAACCCUCAUACUCACUGGUCACGUUGAUUGUCAUCCUGCUACACAGUAGUAAAGCGAGCCAGACCACGUGUACCAACUGUCUGAAUAACAACUGUUCUCAGGGUGGUACUUGCAAAGAAGGAUGUAAACACGGUUUCUAUGGCGACGGGUGCAACCGGUCUUGUCGAAACCAAUGUAUAAGUAGUAGGUGUCACGUGUCCCGGGACACCGGAAGCGCCGUUUGCGACACUGGGUGCAUUCCGGGAUUUCGAGGACGUUAUUGUGAGAGAAAAUGUCCCAGACGAUGCGCAGUGUGCACCAACACCAUGUGUCCCAAUUGUACUAGUGACUCGUGGUACGGGGCAAACUGUAGUAAGUACUGUAGCCACUGCAAUGGUGCGUCCUGCUUUAAGAACGGAGACUGCAAACGAGGCUGCACCGGAAGGAACGUUGGACCAGGAUGCAACACUACGCCUACCUGCAGUUUCCGGUGUUCUGAAUGCGAUGGAAGCUCGGAUACGUGUUCGACGUGCAAACCUGGUUACUAUGGCAACAGCUGUGUCCGCAACUGCAGUUCUAACUGUAUCGGGUCUGUCUGCCACUUUUCAAACGGGACAUGUGCGCAAGGGUGUAUUUCUGGAUGGGUCGGACAUGAUUGUAUGGUGCAGCUGCUGGUUGAUGACACACAUACAGCUGAACCAGAGCAUGGCGAGACGAUACGUGACGGUGGUGUCUACGGCACAGAGGGGGGCGAGGGUGACAAGACGUUAAACAUGCUAAUCAUCUUCGGAUCGCUCACCGGAUUCAUGAUCGUCGUGUCCUGUAUUGUUGGUGUGAGCUUGUGGCACACAAAGGAAAGCAGAAGGACUACUCACCAUGUUAGAACAAUCACUUCUGGAAACACAAACCACGCCUCAUCACAACAUGGGGGCGGCCGCGAUGCCCAAAGUUAUUUAACAGCCACACAUGACAUUUCUCAUAUUGAAGCACAUAUUUAUGAUGAAAUUCCCGAGUGUCAUGAGAGAUUACAGUUGAAAACGGAACCGUAUACAGUGGAAUCUGUCUAAACGAGACUUGUGCGGGACCGAAAGUUCAGUCCGCUUUAGACAGUGGUCCGGAUUUGUGAGUGAGUGAAUGAGUGAGUGAGUGAGUGGGUGGGUGGGUGAGCGAGUGAGUGACAGACUGGUGUAACCACGAAUACAUACAGAAGCAACCUUCGACGUUCAUACUGUUUAGCCCUCACCCUUUGAAGGUUCAUACUCCAUUGAACUCAAUGAAGAAGUCAAUUCUUAAAUGUUUUCACUAUGUUAAGACAAUGUAUAUUGGUAUAUUAUACGUAAUGACAUUACACAGUGUUUAUGUGACAUAUCCUGACAUUGUAUAGUGUUUUCAUGGUGUGUUAAGACAUUGCACAGUGUGUUCAUGGUGAGUUAAGACAUUGAACAGUGUUUUCAUGGUGUGUUAAGACAUUGAACAGUGUUUUCAUCGUGUGUUAAGACAUUGCAAAGUGUGUUCAUGGUGUGUUAAGACAUUGAACAGUGUUUUCAUGGUGUGUAAGGACAUUGCACACUGUUUUUUCUGGCAUGUUAAGACAUUGCACAGUGUUUUCAUGGUGUGUCAAGACAAUGCACAGUGUUUUCAAGGCAUGUAAAGACAGUGCACAGUGUUUCCAUGUGUUUUCAAGACAGUGUAAACUGUUAACAUGGUAUGUAAAAAUAUUAAUGUGUAUAUUAUGUAAAAUACAAUGUAAAUAAGUAUAUGGUAUGGUAUAACACAUAUACUGUGUUUCUCUGAAGUUUAAGACAAUAAUUUCAUAUGGUAUGACAAUCACAGUGCAUAUGCAGCAUACAAUCACAGUACUGUACACUGUUACGCGACAUGUCAGGUAGUUUAUAGGUAAAUAAUGUACAUUGUUUAUAAGGUGCUAAUGGAAGGCGGUGCUGUAAUAUGUUGAAUAAUGUAGAUGACGUUACGUGUUCAUUUAGUGUUUAAGGAAACAAGGAUACGUCUAUAAAGUUUGCCAAAUGUGUUAAACGUCUAAUAGUAUAUAUUAGUAUUGGCUUCAUCCUUUUCUGUACUUUUGUACUUUUUCUAUAUUUCGGUACUUGAGUGGCCAACAUCCUUGGUCCACCACACGCUAUUUGAUCUAGCAUGAUUACAGGAAUGAUGCAAAGUGACAACAAUAUAUAGUCUAAAUUGCAGUUUGUAAUUGUGUAGUUACAAAAACAAACAAUUUCUGACGUAGCUUCAUUGCCUAAAUAUGUGAAGCAUGCUAAAUAUCUGUUUACAUACAUAAGAAUAUUGUAUUUAACUAGAGCCGUAUACAUAAAAUAAUUAAUAGGGAUAUCGUCGACGAAGAUCGUCAUAUGCCUCAGAUAAACAACAGAAAAAGGUAUUCAUUCUAAAUAUAACCCGUUUUACAUAUAAUAAAUAUUUUAUCCCAAGGUUUUUGUGAUAAUCUUCAAAAUCCAUGAGUGAAGCUCUGGGUUAGAAUUGAUUUUCAGCAACCCAUGCCAGGUGGGACUAACGGGAUC